AUGGCCGAGUCUGAAGAUGGCCACCACAUCGAAGUUGUCCCCGAUGAUAGCGCCUGGGCGGGCGUAGAGGAAAAUGCUGAAGAUCCUGAGGAAGUUCGCGUUAUAUUCAGCGCAUUAGAUUCAUUCUUCCAAUACGCCAAAGUCUCACACUUCAACGUAACACACCUGCGCCGUCAAGCCUUCUAUGCUUUACCCCAAGCACAAUGGCAACUCUUAGCUGCACCUCCAUUCAACUUCCUCGACACCCUUGAGAAGACUGACUAUGCUAUCAACGAGAAUGCUAAGCUAGCUCGCACCAUUGCUCGCACUGGCCUCCAAUCAUUUCACAUGAUGACGGCCGACCUUGAAGGCCAAGAGCCGACGAUGCCCCAAGAAUGGGCUGGAGUAGCCAAGCACUCUGAUGUUGACAAGGCCAGGAGUACUAUUCGGCAAUUCUAUAGAGAUUGGACUGCGGCGGGAGCUGCAGAAAGGGAGGCUUGCUACGGUCCCAUCAUGAAAGCCCUGGCGGCUGAGAAGGAGAAAUACUUAGAAAGAUCUCCUCUAAAAGUCUUAGUACCAGGCGCGGGGCUAGGAAGACUGGUUUUCGAACUGGUUGCGAAGGGGUACAAUGCUGAAGGGAACGAGAUCUCUUAUCAUCAACUGCUCGCCUCAUCAUACAUCCUCAACUGCUGUCCACAAGCUGAAGAGCACACCAUCUACCCUUGGGCUCACAGCUUCUCUAACCACCUAACUCGAGCCAACCAUCUACGGGGAUAUCCCGUCCCGGAUAUCCAUCCAGCUUCCGUGCUGGCCAAAACACCCAACACUGGAGAGAUGUCUAUGUGUGCGGCUGAUUUUCUCUGCCUUUAUGCCGACGAAGAACAUGAGGCACAGUACGACGCCGUGGCAAGUGUUUUCUUCCUCGAUACAGCCCCCAACCUGAUCCGUUAUCUCGAAGUCAUACGACAUUGCCUUCGACCUGGAGGCGUUCUCAUCAACGUUGGGCCGUUGCUGUGGCAUUUUGAGAAUAAUGCGCCUGGAAACCAUGGACAGGACGGCGAUACGGAACACGACCCCAAGAAUUCAUCAGGCAUUGCUGACCCAGGAAGCUUUGAGCUGGCUGAUGAUGAAGUUAUUGCACUCCUGGAGAAGAUGGGCUUUGUCGUUGAGUGGCAUAAGACUAAUGUCCAUGCGCCGUAUAUUCACGACCCUGAAAGUCUUUUACAGUCUACGUAUAGAGCAAGUACUUGGCUCGCUCGAAAACCACUAAAUACGAGUGACUCCUGA